CUCAAGCUUAAGCAAUCCACAAAGAAAAUUAAUCCUGUUCCUCAAAUCAUGAGUGCCUGUUCAGAACCAACUACUUUUUCAAAAACCAAGGAGACGGCCAAGAUCGUCAUAAUCGGAGCUGGUGCUUCGGGAGUAGCAGCAGCUACUAAACUUUUGGAACAAGGAUUCAAAAAUGUCCUGCUCUUCGAGGCGGAAGACCGGAUUGGAGGUCGCAUCAACACGAUCCUGUUUGCCAACAGCUUAAUCGAUCUGGGUGCUCAAUGGUGCCACGGUGAAGAAGGAAAUGUUGUCUAUGAAAAAGUUAAGGACCUGGAUGUCCUCGACAGGACCGGCGACUAUGUCGUUCACUUUAUUCGCUCUAACAAGGAAAUUCUCACUGACGUUCAUAACAAGGCUCUUACGGAAUUGACGAACGCAUUUGAGGUGCCUGGCGAACAUGAGGGUUCCGUAGGUGAUGCCUUUAAUGCCUAUUGGAAGGAGAAUAUCCAUCAGUUGGUUCCGAACGAUAAGACCAUUGCCAAGGAGGCCCAAGACUGCCUGAAAAAGGUAAUUUGCAGCAUGGAUGCUUGCGAUAAUUUGUCCGAGCUUUCUUACCGAAAUUUCCGGAACUUUGCUAUUGCCGGUGGGGAUCAAAAUCUCAGCUGGCGGCAAAAGGGCUAUUGGAAAUUUUUGAGUGUCCUGCUAAAUUCUAGCGAUAAUCAGCCCGGUGACCAGGGAAUUCUUAAAGGACAUGUGCAUCUCAACAAACGAAUUGCUAAGAUCAAUUGGGAAGGAGAUGGUGAAUUGACUCUCCGCUGCUGGAACGGCCAAUUUGUUUCAGCGGAUCAUGUGAUUUGUACUGUCUCAUUGGGGGUUCUCAGGGAAAAGCACCAUAAGCUCUUUGUACCAGCUCUGCCAGCCUCCAAGAUCAGGUCGAUAGAGGGUCUCAAACUGGGGACAGUGAACAAGUUCUAUUUGGAGUUUGAGGAGCAGCCAGUGCCGGAAAACAUUAGAGAAAUGGCGUUCCUUUGGCUUGAGGAAGAUCUAAAGGAGCUACGAAGUGGCAAAUACUUUUGGCUGGAGAGUGUUUGUUAUUUUCAUCGUGUGGAUUGUCAACCGCGUUUGUUACAGGGAUGGAUCAUUGGUGCCCACUCGCGGUACGUUGAAACCAUCAGCGAGGAGCAGGUCCUCGAGGGAAUUAUGUGGAUGUUUAGGAAGUUUCUUAAGUUUUCCGUACCCUACCCAAAAAACUUUUUGCGCUCUCAAUGGCAAUCUAAUCCGAACUUCCGCGGCUCUUAUAGUUACUACUCCACUUACGCUGAUGAACUCCGUACGGGACGCACGGAUUUGGCAUCACCUUUGGUGGAUGUAACUGGAAGACCGAGGAUACAAUUCGCCGGAGAGGCUUCGAGCCGGAACCACUUCUCUACGGUCCACGGAGCCAUUGAGUCGGGAUGGCGCGAGGCAGAGCGACUCAAUGAAUUCUACGAAGGACGAGCUGCAAACUAAGGCAAUAUUCGAAGCGCCCAAAUGGGAUCAUUCAAUUGCAAUACAUUUUCCUAAACGCAAUCAUGAUGUACGACAAUCAAGCAUUGCUUGUUUGUCCAAAGAAAUAAUCAAAUUAAGGCAUUUAUAUUAUAAUUUUACAUCAUUGUUCAUUUAAUAAUUAGACGAAUUACUAGCAACAACAAUAAAUUAUUUAAGAGCUC